AUGGUUCGAAAGAAGGGAACUGAUUCUGCUGGAGGCGAGAGCUCUCAGUCCCAUGAUACUGGAGUUGGCAGUGGUCGUGGUUCCCAAGGUCCUCCACAACAACUAGGCAGAGGUGAAGGUGGAGGAGGAUACUCUGGUGGUGGUAGAGGUUGGGUUCCACAGUCACAGCAACCGGGUCGUGGAGGUUAUGGUGCUGGUGGACCUCCUGAAUACCAAUCUAGAGGAAGGGGAGGGCCUUCCCACCGAAGAGGUUAUCGUGGUGGUCGGGGUCGUGGUGGCUAUGGUCGUGGUCGAGCAGGACAUGGCAGUCGUGGAGUACCUUUCCCCAGUGGACCAUCCCGGCCGCAUGUUCCUGAGCGGCACCAAGCGACUGAACCUUUUGAAACUGCGGUAACUCCCCAGCCUGAUCCAUCUGAGGCAGGUUCGUCAUCCAGACCGCCUGAGCAUGUACCAUUGACAGAGCAGCUUCAGCAUCUUUCCAUCAAGCAAGAAGCUAGCCAAGCAAUUCAGCCAGUCCCACCUCCGAACAAGCCAUUGAGGUUUCCUCGUCGGCCGGGAUUGGGAUGCGAGGGAACAAAGUUCGUAGUCAAGGCUAAUCAUUUUUUUGCUGAAUUUCCAAAUAAAGAUUUGUACCAGUAUGACGUUAUCAUAACACCAGAGGUCACAUUACGACGAGUGAACCGAGACGUCAUGCAACAGCUGGUGAGCUUAUACAAAUGUUCAGAUCUUGGAGAGCGCGAUCCUGCAUAUGACGGCCGGAAGAGUCUUUAUACUGCUGGGUCUCUCCCUUUUGAGUCAAGGGAGUUUAAGGUCACCAUUAGUGAUGAUGAUGGAAGAGAGAGCGAAUUUAAAGUUAUGAUCAGAUUGGCUGGACGUACUGAACUGCACCGUCUUCGACAAUUUUUGCAAGGGGACCAAGUUGAUGUACCUAAAGAUGCUCUUCAGGCUCUUGACAUUGUUCUCCGCGAACUACCCGCUACUAAUACUAGCUACUGUCCUGUUGGCCGUUCAUUUUAUUUCCGUGACGAACUGAGGAAAGAUUUGGACCAGGGAUUACAAGCCUGGCGUGGCUUUUACCAAAGUACACGUCCUACACAGAGGGGAUUAUCACUGAAUAUUGAUGUGUCUUCAACUGCUUUCAUCCAGCCAUUGCCAGUUAUUGAAUUUGUAACAAAUUUGCUAAAUCGGAAUGUUUCUUCCGGGCCUCUAUACGACGCAGAUCGUGUGAAGAUCAAAAAGGCUCUUCUAGGAGUUAAGGUGCAAGUUACGCAUCGUGGAAACAUGCGAAGAAAAUAUCGUAUAUCUGGUUUAACAUCACAGGCAACUGGACAACUGACUUUUCCCGUAGAUGAAAGGGGUGCAGAGAAAUCUGUUGUGGACUACUUUUCUGAAACUUACGGUAUCACCAUUCAACGCACGCAAUGGCCAUGUCUUCAAGUUGGAAGCCAGCAAAGACCAAUUUAUUUGCCAAUGGAGGUAUGCAAGAUUGUGGAUGGUCAGAGAUACUCCAAGAGAUUGAAUGAGAAACAGAUCACUGGUUUGCUGGAGUUCACCUGCCAGCGUCCUAAGAAUAGAGAGGAUGAUAUUUUGAAGACGGUAAAAAAAAAUGCUUACGCUGACAGCAAAUGUCAAACGGAAUUUGGAAUUAAAAUCACAGAGAAGCUUGCAUUGGUUAACGCACGCAUUCUGCCUGCACCCCUGCUUAAAUAUCAUGAUACUGGUAAACAGAAGAAUUGCUUGCCUCAAGUCGGGCAAUGGAAUAUGAAGGAUAAGAAAAUGGUUGAUUGGGGGACCGUAAAUAACUGGAUCUGCAUAAGUUUUUGUAGCAAAGUUGGACCUAAACUCGCACAUAACUUUUGGACAAAACUUGCAGACACGUGUCUCAUUUAUGGCAUGGCAUUUAAUUCUGUACCAGUGAUUCCUCCAUUGAAUGCUUCUCCUGACCAGGUGGAGGAAGUCUUGAAAACACACUAUUGCAAAGCCAUGAAUAAACUCCAGCGGCAAAACAAAGAGCUUGACCUGCUUAUUGCUAUUCUACCAGAUAAUAAUGGCUCUCUUUAUGGUGAUUUGAAAAGGAUUUGUGAGACGGAUAUUGGAAUUGUUUCUCAGUGUUGUUUGUCUAAAUAUGUACUUGACAUAAAAGGACCAUAUCUGACCAAUGUGGCAUUGAAGAUUAAUGUCAAGGUUGGUGGAAGUAAUACAGCUCUUGCUGCUGCAAUACCUUCAGUCAGUGAUCGGCGGACUAUAAUUUUUGGUGCUGAUGUUACCCAUCCUUCCCCUGGGGAGGAUUCAAGCCCUUCUAUUGCAGCUGUUGUUGCCUCUCAAGAUUGGCCAGAGAUUACCAAGUAUGCUGCUCUGGUUUGUUCUCAAGCUCAUCGCAAAGAGGUCAUUCAAGAUUUAUACAAGACAUGGCAGGAUCCUGUUAGGGGAAUUGUAUCUGGAGGCAUGAUUAAGGAGCACCUAAUAUCAUUCCAAAGAGCCAAUGGAGGACAUAAGCCAGAGCGCAUCAUAUUCUACAGGGAUGGUGUUAGUGAAGGCCAGUUUUCUCAUGUAUUGAGCGAAGAACUUGAUGAUAUUCGUAAGGCAUGUGCCUCUUUGGAACCAAAUUAUAAGCCUACGAUUACUUUUAUUGUGGUACAAAAGCGACAUCAUACAAGGUUGUUUGCUAAAAACCACAAUGACCGCAAAUUUGCUGACCUUAAGGGAAAUAUUUUGCCUGGCACAGUGGUGGACUCCGAUAUAUGUCAUCCAACAGAGUUUGAUUUCUACUUAUGCAGCCAUGCUGGGAUUAUGGGAACGAGUCGUCCGGCUCAUUACCAUGUGCUAUGGGAUGAGAACAACUUCACAGCUGAUGCAUUGCAGACUCUUACAAACAACCUGUGCUAUACAUAUGCAAGGUGUACCCGAUCUGUGUCCAUUGUCCCUCCUGCAUAUUAUGCUCAUCUUGCUGCAUUCAGAGCUCGUUUUUACAUGGAACGGGAGACAUCUGAGAGUGGAUCAAGGCUUGGAAGUUCAAGAAGCACAAGAGGACCCGAUGGUAGUGUUGCUGUGAGACCUCUGCCAGCUCUCAGGGAAAAUGUCAAAAGGGUUAUGUUUUACUGUUAG